UUUCACACUGCAAUACCAAUUUUCUCUCAAAAUCCGAUUUUUUCUCAUCAACUUAGCGGUUUCCGACGAAAGAGAUAUACGUCGUAGACAUGGAAAUGGUAGACACAGCGCUGGAGCCGACGUCGGAGAUAGAACUCGCACGUCGUAAGCUUCGUGAGCGGUGGGAGUUGGCCUCCGUUCUUAAUUUUCUCACCGUUUUUGAGCCAGUGCUUCAAAUCAAAUUGAAAAUUUCAGCUGAGGAGAUAGAAACUGCCCUCAUUGAGCCAAAUGAUAAUCUUGCUCAGCUGCAUAUAAUGCUUCUGAAGGGGAUACCUCCUGUGAAUAAACUACUGAAGGAUUCUGAUGGAUGGGUGAUGGCACUUAGCAAGAAACUUGAAAUGUGGUGGCCAUGGGUUGCAGAAGGGAAUUUCCCUUUGACUGCGAAAAAAGGAGAGGAGAUGUCCACAUACAAGGCACUCAACCCGACAACUCGCCUGCUUGUCCUUAAAGCACUCUGUGAAAUUCGAGCUGAUCAAAGUGACACCAUAUCUUACAUUAGUGAUGAAACUAAAAAUAGAACCGAUUCUACUGCUUUCCGCAAAGAGAAGCUUGGGGGCAAUGGAAAUGAAGUUUCAUACUGGUAUGAUGGGAAUGAAACUCUUGGUCAUAGAUUAUACAAGGAAGUUUAUCAAGUUGAGUCCAUGUCAAAAGUAAAGGACAAGAAAAGCAUAUCAGCAAUCACUUCUCAGUGGGAGACACUUGCUACCACUUUUGAAGAAUUUCAGAAUUUUGUGGAGAAGUUCUCAUCAAGUCAAGUUAAAUGGGAAGCUGAUGUGGGCAAGGCUGUUGAAGCUCAUGCUAUUCCUGCUCUUCAGAAAAUUCAGAGGAAGAAAGAUAAGGCACAGAAGCGACAACAAAGAGAACAAAGGCAUGUAGAAAGCUUAAGAAACCUUGCAAUUCCUCGUUCUUGCCGGAUUCGUAGGCCAGUCAAUUACACAUGUGAUGAUUUUGACAGAGCAAUCAAAGAGGCCAUAGAUGUAACAAACAAAAGGAAGGCAACUGAAGACCCAACAAGUAAAACUAGACUGAAUGAGCAUGGCCCUAGGAAUGAAACCAAUUUGCUGGACUCCUCUCCUGCAUCUAACUCAAUAAGCAGUGAUGCAGCAGACAGUGAAUCUGAGAGUGACAGGCCUCAAGAAAGCAAUGAAGAUGUCGAUGAUACCAGUGAUGAGGUUGAUGAAGCUGGUACUGACUCAAUGAAGGAAAAUGGUCAGUUAUACCACAGGCCAAGCAGUUGUCGCCACAGUAAGAGACUUGCUGGAGUGACUGGCUAUGCUGUUCCAGAAAGCACUCAUAUAGGUGCGAAAUAUAGGUUGAGGCAGAGACCUAGCAUUAAUACAGCUGCUAAAUCUGUUGUCAUUCCUGAUUCGGAAGAUGAAAAUUGAUCAAGAUGCACUUGCAACAGGA